AGCUCUGACACACCCACUUUGCCACACGCACAUCACACCACUCAAUUUUCUGGCCUUCUUUCACUCACCCACAUUGACAGAACUUGGUCGCCACAGCGAGUUGAGACACCUUGACCAUGUUCGACCUGAAGAAGAGGAAUAGUUUGACGCUGAACAGCAGCAGCCGCGACGCCGAGGAGUUCCGACGCGUGGCGGUACGACGGAAGGCGAAAGGCGCUGACGCGGAUUGUCGCGCAGUGGUAAGCGGCGGUUCUUGCAACAGCACCUGCGAAUCAGCGCCCAAUUCCAAACGCCAAGAUGGAAUAAGUCCAUCCAAGAAAACUCCCUGCAAGCCACAAGUGCCUCCAAAGCCUGCGCACCUCCAGACUCCAAUGAGGAGUGGACUACCGUCUUCAUCUGGGCUCCCCCCAUGGCAUUUGAAUGAAGACAACACGCCGACCCAAGCGACAUGCUACCACAUGUGCCGUAGUCCUAACAAACUGGGACCGGGUUUUCUCAGUGAGCCACGUUUAAGCCCUACCAGCCUGUCCCCUUCUCAGAAGAUCCCCAAACUUGCGAGCAGUCCGGCAUUGUUGUCUCCAAGUUCGGGCAAGAGAGGUAUCCACAAAUGCAGUCCCUUGAGGGAGGGAGGCCACAGUCCGGCCAAGUUGUCCCCGAAAAACCGAAGCCCCCUCUCAGGACUACUGAAAACCCCGAGCCCCAUUCAGGGAAAGAUGGGCAGCUACACCCCUGCCAGUAACUCAAAAUCCUGGCUGGGAUUGAACAGGAUCCCAAGCGGGAAGACUGAGGGACAAAAGAAGCACUCUGGGAAGUCUUUGAGUGUGCCGGAUCUCAUCGUGUACUUGGAUGAAAGAACUCCAUCGGAUAUGGCAGAAGGUUCUGCCUUGCGCAGUCGACCCACCAUCACCGUCAAAGCCCCAACGGACCAGAGACUCAAUCGCACCGAGCGCGAAGUCACUCCGAACCUACAAACCGAUCCCAUCCGUGCCGAUGAAGGCUCCAAGGUCCGCGUGGGAUCCCGGUUCUCUUGCAAAUGGACUGAGACUCCACGUGAAGACCAAAACUGCAAGGAGAGCGUUGAGAAGAAGACUGAGGGGCUAAAGGAGGAGAACACGGAGCAAAAGCUGUUCAAAAUAGUCAGUGAACUCCUUCACACGGAGAGGGCCUACGUUGCCCGCCUUCACCUCCUGGACCAGGUUUUCUGUCUGCAAUUAACGGACGAGGCCGGACGUGGCUCCUUUCCGGCCGACGUGGUCCGAAACAUCUUCUCCAACAUUUCAUCUAUCUACUCCUUCCACAGUCAGUUCCUGCUGCCUGACCUGGAAGACUGCAUCGGACACUGGCAUGAGCGUCCAGGUUUGGGCAACGUCCUCCUGCAGCACGCUCCCUUCCUGAGGAUGUACGCCGAUUACGUCAGGAACUUCGACCAGGCCAUGGAGUUGGUGAGACUCUGGACCGAGCGCUCAUCCGCUUUCCGCAAUAUCAUCCAGGACAUCCAGAGUCAGGAAGUGUGCGUCAAUCUCACUCUGCAGCAUCACAUGUUGGAACCGGUCCAGAGAAUCCCUCGCUAUGAGAUGUUGCUCAGGGAUUACGUCAAAACUGUACCCUCGAGUAACCCGGACUAUGAGUUUGCUCAGCAAUCCCUGCAGACGAUUUCCAUGGCUGCCAAUCACUCAAACAGUGCCGUCCAUCAAGCUGAGAGCAUCAAGAGGUUGCUGGAGAUCUACGAGAUGGUCGGCGAGGAGGAAGUGGUGAACCCCACCAACGAGUUCCUCAGGGAGGGGCGUUUGCUCAAGCUCGCGGCGAGGAACAUGUCUGCCAUGGAGCGCCACCUCUUUCUGUUUAACAACUUCCUGCUGUGCUGCACGCCAAAGUUCAGCCUGGCAGGCCAGCGCUUUACGGUGCGCUGCCGUAUCGGAAUGGACGGCAUGCAGGUGCAGCGAACCACCAAUGAGGACCACCCGUACACCUUCCAGGUGUCGGGGAAGGAGAAAACCCUGGAGCUCCAGACCAGCUCUGAACAGGACCGAGAUGAGUGGAUAAAGGUCAUCCGGGACGCCAUUGACGUGUUCCAGAAGAAAAACGAGACGUUCAAGUUGGCAUCUAAGGAGCUAAAUGUGGAGGAGCCGGCGGAGGAGCUCGGGCGGCGCGCCCCUCGCUGGAUCCGCGACAACGAAGUGACCCUGUGCAUGAAGUGUCGGGAGCCCUUCAACCCGCUGACCAGACGCCGACAUCACUGCCGGGCCUGCGGCUGCGUGGUGUGCUGGAAGUGCUCAGACAACAAGGUGCCGCUGGCGUAUGACGGCAACAAGCUGAACAAGGUGUGCAAAUCCUGCUACUCCAUCUUGACGGCGCAGAGAGGAAGGAGGGCCGAGAGCACUAAGAGGCCAACAGCUGAGUCGGGGCCUUUGUCAGCGUCCUGCAUAAUGAGCGGCUUCCUGCAAUACAGCGACUAUCCCAAAACGUGGCAGCGGGUGUUUGCUGUCAUCAACAAAAUGCAACCGCUGGUCCUCUCUUUAUAUGUAGCUCAACAGGAUACAAAGCCUCUCUCCUGUAUUUCUCUGCUGGGCUGCAUAGUGGAAGAUCCCCCUCCGGAGCUCCAUGGACAAUCCUGCUUCAAUUUAAGACAAUCCAAAAGCUGCCACAAGUUCACCUGCGACCACGCGGACGUCAAACGAGCCUGGUUGGCCGCUCUCAGGGCGGCCGCGAGGGGCUCAGACGACUGCGCCAGCGAAUCCAGCGGGGAAGAAUUUGUUAUCGUUUAGGAACGGGCAACAUUCAAACAAGAGAACUGCGAUUUCCUCACAGGCGGUGGGGCCACUUUUUAUUUCUGAAAUGGUUGACAGUAAAAUAAAUAAAUAGUUUUAACAUGAA